GUGGAGUGAGAUUACAGUGGAAACGGAACACACUAGCAUCAAACCAUGACAGCAGCAUUGCCUCUGCACCGACUCUCCGCCUUAUCAUCAUCUCGAAGCUGCCAUCAUCCUCAUCAUACCACCACUCUCAACUGCCUCUCUUCCUUCCCUCCAAAUUCAAAACAAGCUCUCUUUCCUAAACCCCGAGAUCAUCAACCUUUCCGAAUCCAUAUCUCUCGCAGAGACGCUGCUUCCCUCUCCUUCCUUGCUCUAGUGCCUUUCUUCUCUCCGGUCGCGCCCCCUGCAUCUGCCUUCUCCAUCGGCAUUUCAGGACCGAAGGAUUGGUUGAAAGAGCAAAAGAGGAAGGCUUCCAAAUUCCUUUUGGCCCCUAUUGACGCCUCAAGAGAAAGCCUUCGCUCUGCCUAUCUCUUACUCACGGCUGUGGGUUCUGAAUAUACCAAUGAGGACUUAGAGAAAGUUCAAGGGCUGUUGCGGUCGGCCGCCAGGGAUUGCGUUCCACAGGAUAGGAAUUCUAUUGUUAGCUUUCAAGCCAGCACGGGAGUCGAGGUUUGUACAUUCCGAUUGGUUGUGAAAAAUGCAGCCUCACUGCUUGAUAACAAAGAUCCUGUGAAGCUGGAGGCUGAAGCUAUACUGAGUGAUCUUAUAAGAUCUUUCACUUCGCUGAAUGGUCUAGCAGGUGAAGCGGAUAUUCAAGUUGCUUCCAAUAGACAAAACGUAGCAGCUGCACUCAUGGAUACAAUAUCUUGUCUUGACAAGUUUGAGCAGGGUAUUAAAGAAUGCCUUGAAGUUUGACCAUCAUUUUAAUGAUUAAAGUAAUCAAGUGUAUAUUGUGCUGGAAGGUUUUACGCUUCUGACUGUUGGACAUGGAAGAUGGUGGAAGUAUGUCUAUAUUGAAUUGUUCUCGAUGUCCUGUAGUUCUCUUUCUAAUGUCUCCUUUCCCAUUUAUCUCAUUAUUUUUAGUUGAUGACUCCUUUUUCCUAUGAGGCAAGAUAUUUGUAAUUGAAUGUUGUUAUUGGAAGGGAGUUGAUGUCAGUUUUCUUA